GCCAUCGAAGUUAUAAAACCGAUCAAAGCCGUACAGAGUUUCCAGGAGGGUGGUCGCGUUUAGCUCGGGACUUUUUAAACGGACGAAAUCCUUUCGAAUAACAUACAUAUAUAUAUACAUAUAUACAUGUAUGUGUAUGGUUCGGUUCGCGCAAGAGCAAACGUAUAAAAAAUGACGGGACGUCGUGUGAUUUGACAGUGAAGAAACAUUUAAUGGAAAAAGUGCCUCGGUAUACUGUGAUAUCCGGAUUCUGGCCAGCGGACCGACAUUGGUGAUCAGUGAACGGGGGCGGAAGGCUCGAGGCGCGCGGAACGUGAAAGGGUGGAAAAGAAGAGGGAACCGGCGCAGCGAAGAGUGAGGUCGAAGCGAUGACGGGCGAGGAAGGAAAGUACGGGGGUGGAACCGGGACCGGCGGGGUUGUCGGCAGCGGCAACACCACUACGAACGUCACCGACAACGCGAACAAUGUUAACGCCAAUGUGCACGCGAAUGUUAAUGCCAACAUAAAUGUCAGCCAACAGAAUGGAGGACCAGAAAAAGCGCCUGUCGUCGGCGGUACCAACGUGGAGACGUUACCUCGCGCUGGCAAACAGAGCGAUCCCAGCACGGCUUUCCUUCGAGCAGCUCGUGCAGGGCAGUUGGAAAAGGUUUUGGAAUACCUGGAAUCGGGAGUGGACAUUAAUGCUUCGAAUGCUAAUGGCUUGAACGCUUUACACCUGGCAGCUAAAGAUGGACACUUGGAAAUCGUCCGAGAACUUCUUAACCGUGGCGCAGUGGUUGAUGCCGCUACCAAAAAGGGAAACACCGCAUUACAUAUAGCUUCUCUUGCUGGACAGGAGGAGGUGGUACAAUUGCUCGUACAACGAGGUGCUUCUGUCAAUGCACAGUCACAAAAUGGAUUCACACCACUUUAUAUGGCUGCACAGGAGAAUCAUGAUUCGGUAGUCAAAUACCUUUUAAGUAAAGGCGCUAAUCAAACAUUGGCCACCGAGGAUGGCUUCACCCCAUUAGCAGUAGCGAUGCAACAGGGCCACGACAAGGUGGUGGCAGUUCUAUUGGAAAAUGACACUCGUGGUAAAGUUCGAUUGCCUGCCCUCCACAUUGCUGCCAAGAAAGACGAUUGCAAAGCGGCUGCCCUACUUUUACAAAACGAUCACAAUCCCGACGUAACAUCGAAGAGCGGCUUCACGCCGCUCCAUAUUGCUGCUCAUUAUGGCAACGACCGAAUCGCUUCCUUGCUUUACGACAGAGGAGCCGACGUUAAUUUCGCUGCAAAGCACAAUAUUACGCCAAUGCACGUGGCAGCAAAAUGGGGCAAAAUCAAAAUGGUGAAUCUUCUGAUGAGUAAGGGAGCGAAUAUCGAAGCGAAAACGAGAGACGGCCUUACACCCCUCCAUUGCGCGGCACGGUCGGGUCACCACGAGGUAGUUGACAUUUUGAUAGAGAAGGGUGCACCAAUCGGCUCGAAGACGAAGAACGGUCUUGCUCCGUUGCACAUGGCUUCUCAAGGAGAUCAUGUUGACGCUGCGAGGAUAUUAUUGUAUCAUCGUGCACCCGUAGACGAAGUGACGGUAGAUUACUUGACGGCGCUACACGUGGCAGCUCAUUGCGGACACGUACGGGUGGCUAAACUUCUUCUCGAUAGAAACGCCGAUCCGAACGCACGAGCUCUAAACGGCUUUACUCCACUCCAUAUUGCCUGUAAGAAGUACAGACUGAAGGUCGUUGAGCUCCUUUUAAAGCACAAAGCUAGCAUCGAGGCUACAACAGAGUCUGGAUUGACGCCCCUACACGUAGCAAGUUUUAUGGGGUGCAUGAACAUAGUGAUUUAUUUAUUGCAACAUGCAGCUAAUCCUGAUAUACCAACUGUAAGGGGCGAAACGCCUUUGCAUUUAGCUGCGCGAGCGAAUCAGACUGAUAUUAUCAGGAUACUUCUUAGAAAUGGUGCCCAAGUUGACGCAAGAGCACGGGAAGAGCAAACACCUCUACACGUUGCUUCCCGAUUGGGCAAUGUUGACAUUGUAAUGCUAUUACUUCAACAUGGUGCAGAUGUAGAUGCUACCACAAAAGAUUUAUACACACCGCUUCAUAUCGCUGCCAAAGAAGGUCAAGAAGAGGUGGCAUCCGUUUUGUUGGAAAAUGGUGCAUCGCUUACCGCUACGACCAAAAAGGGAUUCACUCCGUUGCAUUUGGCAGCUAAAUAUGGUAACAUGAAAGUAGCAAGACUAUUGUUGCAGAAGAAUGCACCAGUCGAUGCUCAAGGAAAGAAUGGAGUAACACCGCUUCAUGUGGCAUCUCAUUAUGAUCAUCAAAAUGUGGCGCUACUUCUACUAGAUAGGGGCGCGUCGCCUCAUGCUAUGGCUAAAAAUGGUCACACACCACUGCAUAUUGCUGCACGUAAAAAUCAGAUGGAUAUUGCAACUACUUUAUUAGAAUAUGGAGCGAAAGCAAAUGCAGAAUCAAAAGCAGGAUUUACGCCGCUACAUUUGAGUGCGCAAGAAGGCCAUACCGAUAUGUCAACGCUUCUCAUCGAGCACAGAGCAGACACAAAUCACAAAGCAAAGAAUGGCCUCACGCCGCUUCACUUGUGCGCACAAGAGGACAAAGUUAAUGUUGCCUCCAUCCUAGUUAAAAAUGGUGCUCAGAUUGAUGCUAAAACAAAGGCUGGUUACACUCCACUACACGUGGCAGCUCAUUUUGGUCAAGCAGCUAUGGUCCGAUUCCUUUUGCGAUCUGGUGCAGCUGUUGACAGUAGUACAAAUGCAGGAUACACGCCGUUGCAUCAAGCUGCGCAACAGGGUCAUACAGUAGUAAUUACUUUAUUGUUAGAGGGAAAAGCUAAGCCGAACACUACAACUAAUAAUGGUCAAACCGCGUUGGAUAUUGCACAAAAACUUGGUUACAUUAGCGUCAUCGAAACUUUGAAAGUAGUUACCGAAACCGUUAUUACGACAACUCACACUAUUACUAUCGAAGAGAAAUAUAAAGUUCAAGCGCCGGAAUCAAUGCAAGAAACAUUCAUGAGCGAUAGCGAAGACGAAGGUGGUGAGGAUCCGAUGCUAAGCGACCAACAGCAGUAUCGAUACAUGACUGUUGACGAUAUGAAGUCCAUGGCGGAUGACUCGAUGCGCGUCAACGUGACAGACGACGAGAGGGACAAUCGGCAUUCUGGAGAAUGUUUGUGUGAUCGGUUGGACCGGCAAAACAGGAAUCAAUCGCUUGUUCACAUCGUUUUCUUGCUCGUAGACAGUUUACUAGAGUUACAUAGUGAUAAAGCAUGUUGUUCAUUGACGUGUACUUGGGAUGAACGAUUCUUUGACGAUACCUUCCUGGUUUCCUUUUUGGUGGACGCACGAGGGGGUGCGAUGCGGGGCUGUAGGCAUAGCGGUGUCCGCGUAAUCGUUCCCCCUAGAAAAGCUGCGAUGCCGAUGCGCGUCACCUGUAGAUACCUCAGGCGGGACAAAUUGACCAAUCCACCACCUUUGAUGGAAGGGGAGGCUUUGGCCAGCCGCAUCCUUGAACUGGGACCUGUGGGUGCGAAGUUCUUAGGGCCAGUGAUUAUAGAGGUGCCUCACUUUGCUUCGUUGCGAGGAAAGGAACGAGAAAUAGUAAUACUUCGAUCGGACAACGGAGAAACUUGGCGCGAGCACACCUUGGAAGCCAGCGAGGAGGCGGUCCAGGAUGUGCUUAAUGAGAGCUUUGAAGGAGAAGAAUUAAGCCAGCUCGAGGAUCUCCAAACUUCCCGAAUCGUAAGGAUACUGACUGCAGACUUCCCACAUUACUUUGCAGUAGUGUCUCGCAUUAGGCAAGAGGUCCAUGCAGUUGGUCCGGAAGGCGGCACAGUGUCAUCAUCGGCUGUCCCGCAAGUCCAAGCUGUUUUCCCACCAGCAGCUCUUACCAAAAAAAUUCGAGUUGGUCUUCAGGCGCAUCCGAUACCAGCAGACCUGGUAGCUAAGCUGCUGGGCAACCGAGUGGCGGUAUCGCCGAUCGUAACCGUUGAACCACGGCGUAGGAAAUUCCACAAACCGAUAACCUUAACAAUACCAGUGCCGCAGGCAGCCAACAAAGGCAUGAUCAAUCAAUAUUCUGGGGACGCGCCAACGUUGAGACUUCUGUGCAGCAUAACUGGAUUGAGUCAUUUAGGGGGUCAGUCUCGGGCAGUCUGGGAGGAUGUCACAGGUUCGACGCCGCUCACGUUCGUCAAAGAUUGCGUUUCCUUUACUACCACAGUAUCCGCUCGCUUCUGGUUAAUGGAUUGUCGGAAUAUUUCCGAAGCCACGAAAAUGGCUACAGAGCUAUACACACAUGCGACACACGUACCUUUCAUGGCUAAAUUUGUAGUAUUUGCAAAGCGAGUAGAUCCGCUGGAAGCAAGGCUUCGCGUCUUCUGUAUGACUGACGACAAAGAAGACAAGACUCUGGAGAAUCAAGAGCAUUUCACGGAAGUCGCGAAGAGUCGAGAUGUCGAGGUUUUAGAAGGAAAGACGCAGUACAUGGAGUUUUCGGGCAACCUAGUUCCAGUAUUGAAGAGCGGCGAGCAAUUACAGUUGCCGUUUAGAGCGUUCAAGGAGAAUAGAGUUCCGUUCACAGCAAGAGUAAAAGAUCCGGACGCUGCGGACAUGAUGGGCCGCAUUAUGUUCAUGAGCGAGCCGAAGGUUCCUAAGGGCGAGCUGCCUCAGACACCGAUUUGCACGUUAAAUAUCCUACUGCCAGAGAAAAUAUCACCGGAACCAGCUGUCUCGGAGGUCGAUCUGUUGGAGCUCUCGAAGAAUUAUAGUUUUCUACGCGACGGUGGCAUAAGUCGUCCAGACACUAUUCACAGAGCAACAAUAAGAUUAACUGAUAUUGCGAAUUUGUUGGGCUCCGACUGGGAGAAGCUCGCGGAGGAAUUGAACAUACCACCGAACGAGGUGUCCUCCAUUAAGGAGGAGUAUUCUAAUAAACCUGCCCGGCAGGCCGCGGCGAUGCUGAAGAUCUGGCAGAAAGAUGCAAACAAGGCUACAGGAAACUCUAUCGAAAAGGCACUAAAUAAGAUUGGCCGCGAGGACAUCGUGAAAAAGUGUAUAUUUAACGUGGAAUUGGUGACCGACGACGUGGAAAAAGCUGUCGCCAGAGUCCGACUGGAUCAACCUGGAUUCGAUUCUUUGAAAGAAGAAUUGGGACCUUCUAGGGACACUUCCUUGCGCCGCGACGCGAAAAUGGAUCCGAAGAUGGAUCCGGAUUACGAUCUUAAUAGAACUAAGGAUUCUGAAUCCGUGGAAGACCUCAGUAUUACUGGCACUAAACACGAUACACCAACAAAACAGCAUGUCACGAUCACAAACGGCACUGUAUUCAACGGAACCUCGACCCCCAUCAAAGAUAAGUACGCGAGCGAGGAGAAAGAGCUUGGGGACGUAAUGGCCGAGUUUCUCGAACAGAAAUGUCACGUGGCCGACACGAUGAGUAAAAAGUCACGUGACGAGGUCGACGAAGACGAGCGACGACGAAGGGUGAUCGCGGAUGCCAACCGAAUUGUCUCCGAUGUCACCGAAGAGGCAGCAAGACGAGCACAGAGCCUAGCCGACCAGGCGUACACGAUGUCGAAAGCAGGGCAUGAUUCGGCUGAGAUUGAUGGGACUGUAGAGAGGCAUGCUACUUCUGCUCCAACAAAGCAACCUGUUCCCGCCCCGCGUCACUCCACCAGGUCGUCCAUCAAAACAGACUUCCAUCUAGAUCUCAAAGACACCUCGUACACGCCGUACAGUCCCAAGCAUAAAGCGGCUGAACAGCCGAGGCAGCGGUACGAAGAGCGCUCGCCGGAGAAGGCCAGCCCGAAGAGCAAGAUACCGGUCAAAGUAAAAAAAUCUCAGGAGACUGAUAUUCCCUCAAGCAAACCGAUAUCCGAUGCGCGCAAGCCUAAAGAGGACGAGUCGGUACCGAACCUAAACGAGCGAACAGAAACCCCGGAUACAGCUAAAGUGCCCGAUGAUCUCAAAUAUGGAUCUCUUGAUAGAAAAGAAGAUGAUCUCCAGGAGAAGACUGACUUAACGAAGCUCGAACUAUCGAAAAGCACGCACAGUACAAUCGCUACAGCCGCGUUCGAUAGCUCCGCCGAUCCUCAAACCCUAGACAGAAUAGAUACCCUAACGAUAGCUACUAGAGACGGUAGCUUAGCAGAACCACCGGACUCGAAUAGAACCGUGACGGAGACUAAUAUCAUAGAGAGCACGCCGAUCGGCGCGAACCAAGUGACCCGCACAACGAUAUCAAAGACUGAGGAGACCGUGACUGACGAGCUGGUGUCCAGGGAGACCGUAGUGAAGACGGUGACCACUGUACGUUGCGUUACCACCGAGUCGAUGGGCGCGGAGCAAUUCGAACAGAUCGUCAGAACGAUGACGUCCAGCGGAGACGCGGCAAGUAUCGAACAGAUGACGGCUAAAGCGUUGAAAGCCGCUGGAGAGGUGUCCGAGCCGUGGCGGUACGGCAGCGAAACGGAACGCAGAUACACGGGCAAUGAGAAAGCUGAGCAAUGGGAGAGCCAACUGUCCCAAGACACGUCGCCCGGGUCCGGUAACGGCGACACUUACCCGAAAAACGGUAGCUUGCGGCAUGAUUUGCACAGUGACACUGAGAGCGAUGGUUCGCCGCCGCCAAGAAGAAGAUCGCCGAGCAAGAGGCGUACGCUGGGCAGUUCCAGCGGGUCUGACGUAGCACUGCACGAAGGUGCGGAGCUGUCCCCGUUGGAGGACGACCAAGUGACAGAAACAGACAGUUCGGUACAGUCGAUUUGCUCGAGCACGCGGCGAAGUACGGUUGAGGGAACGCCUAGGACGAAGACUUCCGGUAGAGCAAGCUGCGCAUGUUGGAUGAGCGUAGCCGCCGCUACGUUGGUGGUCCUACUAGCAAUUUUUCUUACCUUGGAGCCACAAACUUUCCAACGUGCCAUCUACACCCUCUCUAACAAUUCCCCGAGGCAAGCUGGAAUCUGACUUUUUGCAACACAGUGAGCCAUCCUUCAUGGAAACGACAACGACAGAAGUGGACCCUGAAACACAGGAAAGAAUAACGAGAACUGUUACUCAAGUAAUUACAACGACCAGCGGUACCAUAAGUGACACGGACGAACUGCGAGACUCCAUGC